GGGGGUUGCUAGGUUAUAUGGCACAGGCCGUAAGCCUUCUUCCAUUCACACUAUCUAGAACCAAUCUAUGUGCAGCAGUUCCUGUCAGCAAUAGUACAAUGGCAGCUUACACAAGAAUGGCAUACUACAAAGACCAGGGAAGAGUUUACAAAGGCACUGUGAAGGAGUUCCCAGGUUUUGAUCCUGAGAAGGAUGCUGCAGCUCUGAGGAAGGCCAUGAAAGGAUUGGGAACAGAUGAAGAUGUCCUCAUUGAUGUACUGGUUGGAAGGAGUAAUGAACAGCGACAGAAAAUUGCAGAAUGUUACAAAAGUCAAUAUGGACUGGAUUUGUGUGAAGAUAUACAGUCAGAGGUGUCUGGAUCCUAUGAAUCUCUGCUUACUGCUCUUCUGUGUCCAGCUGACAAAUAUGAUGCAAGAGAAAUGCACAAAGCCCUUAAGGGUGCUGGCACUUCAGAAAAUGUGUUGAUUGAAAUUCUUACAACUCGCCCAAAACCAUGCAUCCAGCUUCUAAGAAAAGUUUACCAAGAAGAAUUUGGAAGCUCCUUGGAAGAUGACAUUAAAUCGGAUACAUCAGGAUAUUUUGUGAGAGUGCUGGUGUCUCUUCUACAGGCAAAAAGAGAUGACCCUUCUUUCAUAGAUCAUGCCGAGGCUAAAAAAGAUGCAAAGGUAAUUUUUGAUGCUGGAGAGAAGAUUUGUGGGACUGAUGAAGAAGCUAUAAUCAGUAUUUUGUGCACGGAGUCUCGACCUCAGUUACUGCAAGUAUUUCAGGAAUAUCAGAACUUGGCUGGCAAAAGCAUUGAGGAGAGUCUGAAACGAGAAACCUCAGGCACACUGGAAGCUGCUUUGCUGGCUAUAGUGGCAUGUAUAAGGGAUCCACCUACGUAUUUUGCUGAGCAGUUGUACUGUGCAAUGAAGGGUUCAGGUACAAAUGAAGCUACAGUGAUUCGAGUUAUGGUCUCUAGAAGUGAAAUUGACUUGCAGGACAUUAAAGCAGCGAUGAAAAUGAAGUAUGGGACAACACUUCACAGUAUGAUUCAAGGAGAUAUUGGUGGAUAUAUUGGAAAAGCUUUGCUGAAAUUAUGUGGAGGAAAUGACUGAAGAUUCCAAGAAUGAUCUACAAGAAAAAUACAACUCAGAACUACAGAAUAUUUACAUUAAUACUAGCACUUGUUACAAUGUUGCUGACUUUACAAUCUGUGUUGUAGUUCUUUGUAUGCUGUGCAUUACUAGGAAAUCUAAGAAAUAACUUUCUGGUCAGUGAUCUCAGACCAACAUAAUUAAAUCAAUGUGAUUUAAUAAUCUCAAAAUCCUCCAUGUAGGAAAAUAUUUAAUAAAGGUUCAAUAUACA